AUGCCUCAUGCCUCAUCACCAGAACGAGACGUUCCAAGUUUCAACGGAGAGAGACUGUAUGUGAAUGAUGGCCUCCUUCGUCCAGAGCAGGUCGGCGCCCUGAGACAGUCGACACCAAAUAUGCCUAUGGAAGAGCUACGGUGCAGAUACAACGAGGAUGGUUACGUCUUCUUGAAGGGAUUGUUGCCAAAGGAAGAUGUCCUGAAAGCCCGCGAGGAGUACUUCAGCUUCUUAUCCCCAAGUGGUGUCUUGAAGCCAGGGACACAACCCGUCGAUGGCAUCUUCGACCCUGAAAAGAACCCUGCGGACUACCCAGGUAUCGGGGCUGGCGCAACUGGUGGUAAUGGAAGACCUGGAGAAGAGACAGCGAAGGGGUUUGUAGAUCUUGCUCUGCAGGCACACUACGAAGACUGGUACAAAGAAAAGUUUUGCAAGCAUCCAACCCUGAAAGACUUCAUUGCACGUAUGACAGGAUGGGGCGACGAAAACACGCUUCCAGUGAGAAGGAGUCUGCUUCGCAACAACACACCAGGAAAUAAAGCCAUCGGCGUUCAUUACGACCAGAUUUUUCUGAGAUAUGGCGAACCGACCAGUGUCACUGCAUGGGUGCCAAUGGGUGAUGUCAGUCUUACCGGUGGGGGGUUAAUCUACUUGAAGAAUGGACAUACACUCGGACAAGAAGUUGAGGCAGACUUCACAAGCAAGGCGAAAGCGAGUGGCAUGACCGACGAGGAGGCUAAAAACGCUUUUAACCAAAACAUGCUUGCAACUGGUCUACUAGCAGACGGCGCGCGCGAGUACUCUGAGACUUUCGACAGGAAGUGGUUAGUGACAUCGUACGAAGCUGGCGAUGUGGUGUUGCAUACUCCUUUCGCGAUCCACGCUUCAACCAUGAAUUACGAUCCAGAAAACGUAAUCAGAGUGGGCACAGAUUUGCGUUUUGUAGAUUCAAGUAAGCCUUGGGACAAACGAUGGGACAAGGACUACAGCUUCAAUGAUGGCGUAUAG